CAUACGACGUUCUUUGCUUCACGUAAGUUAAGAGCCUGUACAGCAUUUGUGAAUCUUUUUGUAUAUGUAGAGCUUGAGCGCGAUGGGGAACCAGCCUUGUGCCUGAGCCGUGCGAUCCAUGUUUCCCGCAUCCCAUUUUCAUCGUGGGCCAUCGCUUUCGCGUGACAACCUCAAUAAUCGAAUGUUGUUCUUCGUUCUGGAGCAGAGCCCCUAUGGCAAGACCGGCACAGGACCCCAGAGCUACGACAGCAUGGCUCCGUUCCGGGUCGGUCUAGAGAAAAACCGCACUUUGGGCUACGAAAACUUCGAGGCCCCCGAUCCUGCAGAAUGGACACUGCACGGCUAUGCCAUUGUCAACGUUGAUGCUCGCGCUGGCGGCGACUCAGAGAGCAACAUCUCCUUCUGGGGCCAGCACGAGGCAGAAGAUAUUUACGACAUAAUCGAGUUGGUUCACAAGGCAGCCGUGGUGUUCCGGCUCGGUCACCUUCGCCCUCACGCCCUCUCGCACCCUGCCCUCAAGGCUCUGGCGCCUUGGGAAGGCUUUACGGACCUCUACCGCGACCUGGUUCUGCGGAGUGGCCGACCACACAAUGAGAAUUCCACUCAAUGA